ACCCUAGAAAUUCAUACCCUGAUCAAAAUCAAGAUGUCCGACAAUAUACCAUUCGAAAUCCAAGCCGAAAUCUUCAAAAGGCUUCCGGUCAUAUCCUUGAUCCAAAUUCGAUCGGUCUGCAAAGCAUGGAAGUUUCUCAUCGACAGCGACGAUUUUAUGAAGAAUUACAGCGGCCAGACGCAACAUCUACUUGCAAGAGUCUCCCUGAACACUCACCAUUUGGUUAACAUGCUUCGAAAUUCUUACAUAAUCGGCAGCUCUCACGGUUUGUUGUGUUUGUAUGGGGAUUAUCAAGAGGGCCAUGAUGGUCCCCUCUCUGGAACAGGCAGAGUUGUUCUUUGGAAUCCUUGCAUUAGAAAAGCUGUUGCUGUUGCCGUGCCGAAUGUGGCAGAUAGGAGGAUUUACGAAACCGGUUUAGGUUUUGGUGUUUGUCGUGAGACUAAUGACCCUAAGAUUCUCAAGAUUACACAUAUUAAUAUGUGGGGCCACAGGGAAAGUGUAACUUGCAUUCCUUGGCAGGUUGAAGUUUUUCCGUUAAGCACAGGGGCUUGGAGAAGUCCAUAUACCAGCAAUCUUCCCCGUAAUUCGAUUGAAUUUGAUUACGAUAACACGGUAGUUAUAGAUGGAAUGAUUUAUUGGCUUGCUACUGAUAGGAUUACUGCUGAUGGUGGAUUUCAGUCUUAUAAUAAUCUGAUUAUUUCAUUUGAUAUGACAAGUGAAGAAUUCCGAGAAGUAAACCUUCUAGACGGUUUAGCACACCAGUCGAUUGAUGGUCUGUCAAUUUAUAAGCUGAGAGAGUCUCUUCUUGUGCUUGAACGCGAUGUAGAGGCCAAUAACCUAGUUUUUCGUGUAUGGAUGAUGGAGGAUGUUGUUCCAAAAUCGUUUACAAAGUUAUUUACUAUUAAUAUACCAGAUAAUGUAUCAGAAGUUUAUGUAACGGGAUUUAGGAAGACAGGCGAACCUAUACUUGAUAGUUUACCAUGCUAUCCUGAGUGGACUGGAUCACUUGCUGUUUAUGAACCCUGCUCAAAAUCUAUUAGCAGUCUUGGGAUUGAUGGAAGAGAUUUUUCACAUUAUGUGUAUUCCUACAUCGAAUCACUACUUCUGCUUUGAUCAGUCUGUUUUUUUACAUUUAUGAAAAAGGUAACGGCCGGAUUGCAAACUGAAGAGCUAAGGACAAAAGAAUUUUGAAGCAUACAGUUGCAAAAUAUUUAAAACUGAGACUACCAUUACCUGUUCUGCGAUUUCCAAAGCUCCAAGGAGCAGAGUUGUUUAAAAUAGAUCUGAAGCAAACAUGGUGGAUACAGGACACUGGAUAGUCUUGAAGUUCUAAAUCAAAUCAAACAAGUCUCCAAAGGACCAAAACAAAUAUAAUGCAUGGGUCAAUGGCAGACACUGAUUUCUUUAUUAGGACAUUAACACAAGAGGGCUUGUCAUGUUUGAUUCUCUGUAUUCUUUCAUUUCAUACAUAAAAAGGACUUAAAAUGUGCAAACAUGUCCUCAGGUGUGUACUUUUCUAUUAUCACAUUCUUGUAGUUUUCUAACAUCACAUGGACAUGCUUGUAUUCUAUUUGUUUUGUUUAGUUGUGACUUUC